CACUGCACGCCUCACCUGGACGAGAGGUUACACAUUCCCCAGUCAUGGAAUUUCUGUAUACUUUGACGACUUUCCUCUUUCUAGUGAGUGCCCCAUUGUUGGUGUGGGCAGGGGAGUGCUGCAAAGCUCACUAUGACCUACUAUUGUCGUACAACGAGGAAAAGUGGUGUGACGACUACUGUUGUUUCCAGUUGGGAAAAUACGACUGUUGCACUAAUUUUCUCCUUCAAGCGCCAUCUAGCGAGAGGGAAGACCUUUGCGCAGCUUACUUCUCACAACACGAGUGGGUCCCUGUCCUGAUAGGACUUGGAUGUAUUGCUGUCGUUGUCGGUGUAUUGGUGUGUAUCUGUAAAUCGUGUUGUGGUCACAGUAGAACAGGUGUGGUGAUGCAUGGUGCAGCAGCACCAGGUGUGACAGUGGUGAAUUCAAAUACUGCAAUGACCACAAAUCAACAAGCCGGUUAUCCAAUGCCGCAACAGCCAGGUUAUCCCAUGCAACAACAGCCAGGUUAUCCCAUGCAACCACAGCCAGCUCCAAGCUACCCAGCAUAAUGUGUGAUCACUCUACCUAACAUGAAUUUGUAUUAUUAUAGGAUUUUGUUGUGAAGUUUAACGACACAGAUUAAUGAUACAGUUGCUUUCUCAUGAUGAGUUGUUGAAUUCUAAAUUGUGAAUGUAAAUAUUUCUUACAGUUAUGACUUACACUUUUAGUGUUUAUACCAAGUAUCCUUUUCUGUUGUUCAGUUUCUAAAAACAAAAUUAGCCAAUGGCUACUAGUAUUUUUUUUUAAUUUGCAAGCUACAUGUAGUAAGAUUUGAAUGUAAUUUUAGAGAGUUUCCGGUGUCCACUUAGAUUACUUUGUAUGUCAUUUUUUUUGUUGAAAUAUAGGUUAACAGCAAGUUUAAAACAAUUGUAUCAUUCCUUAAACAAUGUAAAUAUUUUGUUUCGAUCUACUGCAGUAAAAGAUGUUAGAAGUUACAAAUUAAUUAAAUAAAGAUUGAAGAUUUUGAA